GCAACACUGCCCAGGAUGAACGAUUUUUGAUGUUUCUGCCAUGACAGGAUUGACAGUUAUAGAACUAUGGCGAUUGUCAGCUAGCAAAAUGUCAUCGAAUAUUUGAAGCGAAAUUAUAGCAUUUGCAUCAACCACCACCAAAAAAAUAAUGAAUUUAUUCAGUGAUUCCUGAUCAGCGACCCUUAAACAACUUGAUAAAAUGGUUACUGAAGAAUUUAUCAAAUCUGAAUAUCCCCUGCAUUGGUGUGUCUGGAAAAAUGACUACAAGACCCUUGCUGGUCUGUUAGCGAAAAAAGAGCAUGAUAUUGAGAGGAAGGACAACCGUGGCCGAACCCCCCUAAUGUUAGCCGUCACUUUGGGGCAUUUGGAAUCUGUUAGAACAUUGUUAAAUGCUGAAGCCAACGUGAAUUGUGAAAAUCUAAAUGGAUGGACAGUGGUACAAGAAGCAGUUGCAACAGGGGAUCCUGAACUAUUACACAUGGUGCUGGAAAGACGUGAUUAUCAAAGAUAUACUAGCAGAAUGGCAGGCAUACCUGGACUUUUGCAGAGACUUAAAGAAGCUCCAGAUUUUUAUGUGGAAAUGAAGUGGGAGUUCACUAGUUGGGUCCCUCUGGUAUCAAGAAUGUGUCCAAGUGACACAUAUAAGGUGUAUAAGCAGGGAUCCAAUGUACGGAUAGACACUACUUUGUUAGGAUUCGACCACACUAGUUGGCAGAGAGGGAAUCGAAGCUAUGUUUUCCAAGGACAUAGUAAGUCAUUUUAAGCUUGUAUAUGAGAUGGGCUAAUACAAUACUUUUUUAAUAUUGGAGUCUAGUGUCUACACUUUUGUUAC